CGGAUAGUGGAUUUUUGUACACAGAUUAGGUCGAUAACAAGGAAAAUUAAUAACUGAAGUCCUUUAAAGAAUGACAAACAGUUCCGUCUGCAGGAAAAAUCAACCACAGUAGUUAACAGUAACGGAGAAUGAAUAUGCAUGAAUGUAUCUGUUUCUUCUAUUAACUUCCAAAUAGGGAGCUGCAUAUGACAGAUGGCUGAGAACUUCAAAGCAUGACAUCGUAUUUCUAUAUAUAAACCUUGAAACAUGAAACAAAAACCCAUCCACGCCUUCUUGUGUGUAAGCUUUCCAAUCGAGUAAUGUCAUCUAUUGCCCGGGUUUGUUGAUUCAUAACUGACAUUUUCAACAGUUGUAUAGUAUCCUUUUUCGGUAAGGUAAAACGAGGACCUUAACAUUUCUGACCUUCUCAUUCCAAUCCGCUGAUGGUCUGCUCAAUCGACAAAGUAAGAAGAUAUUCAUGACAUGUAUCCACGCUCUCUGUUACCUGAAAUUGCAGAAUUGGUGAAAUAAAUAGAUGCCUGUCGUCUCAGUGGUUAAACAAACAAAAGCUGUUACCAGAAAUUGACUUCAAAUUAGACACUACAUCAAAGAUACACGUGUUCACUGAAAGAUCAUGGCCAGACAAGAGUGUCUUGCUCCUCUCCUACUUGUUCUCGGAAUUCAGCUGGCGUCUGCUUUGGAAAUCGACGUCACAGAUUCAUUCAAUUUGAUUGACGGCUCGAAUGGCGUAAGCAAAUCAAAGUCUUUGGCCUCGUAUCCAAUCUACACUUUCGAAAAAUCAAAGUCUGCGUUCAUUGCAGAUGAGAAAAUCACGAAGGAAUUCCUUGAUUUGUUGGCACAGUUCGACCAGUUUAUUAUUUCAUUUUAUGUUAAACCGCAGCCUCAUAACAAAGGGACGUUGCUAUGGAUUCAAAACAAAAAAACAGCGCAAACGUUGUUUGGACUCUGGUUCAGAACGGGUAUAAAGGCCAAAUUGAGUAUGCCUCACUUCGUACACCGAAAAACGGAGCAUAUGACAUUCCACAAUAUUGGAAACUUAAAAAACGGCGAGUGGCAUUACAUAGUUAUUCAUGUCAAGCCUAUGUUUGGUCUGGUGCGCAACGUUGAUUUGUAUGUGAACUGCAUCAAAGUUGCUAGUAUGCAGUCUCCGUUUGACUACCAAAAUGCCCAUGGUGAUGACUACGAGAUGAGAAUGGCACAACGUGGAGUGCAGCAUUUUACUGUUGCUAGAUGGAGGGGAAGCAUAUCGAAGUUUCUAAUGACAGUAAACCGUGAUAUAAGAAAGUUUGUUGAGUCAGAAAAGUGUCAUGUUCGAAAAAAUCUUGAGAAGUCAGUUUAUGAACGGGAAACAGUUGCAAAUGCCCCACCUGUGGCUCGAUUGCCCGGACGGCAAAACUCUUUAACAAGAAAGGAGCUUGGGGCCUUACUGGACGCUUUCAAAUCCGGCAGCCAAGAAGGUGGCUUGGUAAAAGAGAUUCUUGAUAUUGUUAGAGAUGUCAGGGAGUUGCAGAAUAACCAGGUUGGGGAGCUGAAGACAUUGAGGGAAAUAUUACAGCAACUAGCAGGAAACAGACAUGUGAUUGUCCAGUCAAACACCUUGGUUGGUUCAAACUCAAAUGGGACAAAAAGGAACGCAAUAAACUGUGACACGAACCCGUGUUUUCCAUUUGUCAAAUGCAUUAAUACUGAGUAUGGACCUGGGUACCAGUGUGGUGCAUGUCCACCCGGAUUUUCUGGCAAUGGGGCAAACUGCUCUGAUAUUGAUGAGUGCAAGUUGAAUCCUUGCUCCCCACUAGCUUCUUGCGUGAACCGUGUUCCUGGUUACAUCUGUACAGAUUGCCCAUUUGGGUAUCGAGGGAAAUCCAUUAUUGGUCUUGGUAUAAAGUUUGUACAGGAGAACAAGCAGGUUUGUGAAGAUAUUGAUGAAUGUAAAGAGAAGAAACACAACUGCGAUCCAUUAGCAGAGUGCAUAAACACAAAGGGUAGUUACAGAUGUGGACCAUGUAAAGUUGGUUAUGAUAAAAAUGCCAUUGGGAAGUGCCGAAAAAUUAAGAUGUGUUCCGGUGCACCGGGGUCCAAGUCCAACCCGUGCUCUCUCUACGCAACUUGCAAAGCAGAAGGAUUGUUAGCAGUUUGCAAGUGUCAAAUUGGUUUUGUUGGUAACGGCAUAAUUUGCGGACGCGACUCCGACAUGGAUGGCUUCCCUGACACCAAACUCAACUGUACGGAGCCACAAUGCAAGAAGGAUAAUUGUCCACAUCUUCCAAACAAUGACCAAAAUGAUAUAGACCAAGAUGGUGCUGGUGAUGUGUGUGACAGUGACAUAGAUGGAGACGGGGUUUACAAUGUUGCGGAUAAAUGCCCUUAUUUAAAAACAAAGAAUCAGGGAGAUGCAGAUGAUGAUGGAGUAGGGGAUCUGUGUGACAACUGUGUGUUGAAACGCAACGCAGACCAGAUCGAUAUGGAUGGGGACGGUAUUGGGGAUAUUUGUGACGACGAUGUCGACGGUGAUGGAAUUUCGAAUGUACUGGACAACUGUCCUUUCGUGAAAAACCAAGAUCAGCUUGAUGACGAUGGAGAUGGACAUGGAAACGAGUGUGACAAUUGUCCUAACGUCAAAAAUAUCGCGCAGCGUGAUUCUAAUAACAAUGGCUACGGGGAUGUAUGUGAUGAUGGCCUUGACAGUGACAAAGAUGGCAUCCUGAAUCGAUUUGACAACUGCCAGUUGGUUCCAAACGCUGCCCAACUUGAUACGGAUGGAGAUGGAAAAGGUGAUGUUUGUGACAAUGAUGACGACAAUGAUGGAAUUCCUGAUUCAAAUGACAACUGUCCUCUGGUUUUGAAUCCACGGCAGGUUGACUUCAAUGCCAAUGGAAUAGGUGACGCAUGCGAAGAAGAUGCUGAUGGCGACAGUGUCUUAGGCAACGAUCAUUGCCCGAGGAACAAAUUCAUUUCAUCGACAAACUUCACUGGUGGGAGGGAAUACCUAUUAACGAGAUUAGUCAAGAAUGCACAACAGUUUCCCAAAUGGGUUGUCCGCUCCGGGGGAACUGAGGUGCUUCAAGAGAAGAACAGCAUUCCAUCUGUCUUUGUUGGAAAAGCAAGGUAUGAUGGGAUCGACUUUUCUGGAGUUAUGCUGGUGCAGACAUCUCAUGAUGACGACAUUAUUGGUUUGGUGUUUGGAUUCCAAGGCCCGAACCAUUUCUACUUGAUUUCCUGGAAACAAGCUGAUCAGAUAUUCUGGGAAAAUCAAGAUGGACAAAGGGCUGUAGCAACAAAAGGCAUAGAGAUUAAAAUCGUGAACUCAAAGACUGGUCCUGGUCCGCAACUGAGGAAUGCUUUGUGGCAUUCGGGGAAUUACACAAGACAGACAACACUUCUUUGGAAGGACACUGGAAAUCAUGGUUGGAAAGACAAAACUCCUUAUCAUUUUGCCUUACGUCAUAGGCCUCAGUUUGGACUUAUAAGAUUGCGAGUUCACGAGCGCAGUAAUCUGCUUGUUGAUACUGGAUACCUCUUCAACGAGGAGCUAAAGGGCGGAAAAGUUGGUUUCUUUGCAUUUAGUCAAGAAAAUGUCAUAUGGAACAAUUUGAAGAUUGAGUGCGAUGAUGACUUACCAAAAGACCUGAUUCAGCGAAGAAGGAGGCCGAAGCAAGUUUGAAACCGAGGUAAAAGCUAGCCUCUGGUGGAAAACACUAAGUUGUUAACAGGGCAUCGUUUGAAAUACGACAGCCUAGAAGAGAGGCUAAAGCCGUAACGUAUUUCUAUAUUAUAUGGAUUUCCUUUAUUUAAUGGUGUCGCAGGGUUGUUAUAGCCUCAACCAUGAGCAACCUUCAAAUAGUAAUUCGGCUUGUAGCUCAAAUAUAAGCCAAAUAUAAUUGAUUUUUAUUGAUCGAUGCAACAAUCAAAAUGUUUUUGAAACAAAUUUUUGUUCACGAUUUUCGAAUUUAGUAUCAAAAUUCUGUCUGUAAAUUUUGUUAGUGGAAGGUUUCUUCGUGUUGAUAUUAUUUUUUUGGUGGUAUGGUGAAUAUCCAAGUUUUCAAGCUAAUUCUUCAUUUUUUUAUACUGACCUUUACAGCAUUUUUCAAACAAAUUCUCAAAUUGAAUUUAAAUAAAUUGAGCUCUUGUAUUUCGCACAAGGCUACGGUAUUACGGUAGGCAGGAGCAAAAAAACAGCAAGGAACAAUCCAAUAAUAACGAAAUACAAUUUGAAAACCAAAAUUUACCAAAAAGUAGAAAAAUAACUAGUAUUUCACCACGAUAUACGGCAAUUAAUUUAAGAUACAACGUUUUUAGAAUGUUAAUUUUUAUCUGAAACUGCAACUUUGUUCAGAAAUGGUUUUCUUGGUCACGCGCAAAAAUUUGUGUAAGUAGAUGAUAUCAUUCGCAAUGUAAUUUGUAAUUUUUGUAGAUUAUUUUGGAUAUUUCCAAUCAAUUUAUUUA